AUUUGCUCGGCGCUCGCUCGUCCUCUGCUCCACUAUAAGGGGAAUCUCUGGGAGAAGCUGAACAGGAGACUGGAGCUCUGCCACCAGUGCACAGGUUCGGCAUCGAACGGCUGAAGAUCUGUCAGAAUAUCCUGAGAUCUGAGGAACUGUUUCUGCUGGUGCGGACUGCUGGGAAUUCUGGGAGUGUUUGAAAUCAGAACUCUGGGGUGUGUGUGAAGUGGUCACUUCCUUGCCUGGUGUGGGACACUUAGAAGUGACCUCUGGGUUCUAAAGAUAAGACGAAGAGGAAACUGAGGAGUAGGACUGAAGGUGGAGAUACAGAGUCUGAGAGUCCAAGAGCAGGUGUGUAAGGAUGGUUCUCGUUAACUCUUAAAAAAAACAUCAGAAAAUCAUCACAUCACCAAACUACGCUGUGGUCGACAUGGAUGAUUGAGUGAAUGGGACCUGCAGACCUGCUUUCCUGGAAGAGUGCGGUGAAAAGGUCAGAGGCCAUGAGUCACUGCAGCAGACAGCGACGCUAUAACCCUAUAAUGCGGAACACUUAAAAUGGGGACCAUGUUUGGUGCUCUGCGUCUGGUCAAGCAGUGAUUGCCCUCGGGACACCCGUUUCCUGAAAUUGUGUCUUAGUAAUCCUUUUGUCUCUCUGUCGACUGUGGCCAUUUUUUCUUAUUUUGAGUUCUAAUCUCUUUCCCAUCCCCUCUCAAAGCAAAUCCAAGCCUCAGACACCAAGAAAACAUGACCGGCAGCAGGUUCAGCCUUCCCAAAUCCUCUCCCUCUGCCCUCUUGCUUCUUUUCCUUCCCCUGCUUUUCCUCCAUCUACCCUCAUUAGUGAGGGGUGACUGCUGGCUUAUUGAGGGGGAUAAAGGCUAUGUGUGGCUGGCAAUCUGCAGCCAGAACCAGCCGCCAUAUGAGACCAUCCCUCAACACAUCAACAACACAGUGCACGAUCUGCGCCUGAAUGAAAACAAGCUCAAGGCCAUCUUCUACAUCUCCAUGAGUCGAUUCACCAAUCUGACUGACCUGAACCUCACCAAGAAUGAGAUAUCUUACAUUGAGGACGGGGCCUUUGCAGGACAGGCCAACCUGCAGGUGCUUCAGCUUGGAUACAACAAGUUGACGAACCUUACAGAGGCGAUGCUGAGAGGACUGGGCAGAAUGCAGUGCUUGUUCCUGCAGCAUAACCUAAUCGAGGUCAUUUCCACCAAUGCCUUCUGGGAGUGCCCUAGCCUGAGCAGCCUUGACCUGUCCUCAAACAAGCUGGCCAAGCUGGACCCAUCCACCUUCGUAGUUCUUGGGCGUCUAAUGGUGUGCGAGCUUGCUGGGAAUCCCUUCCACUGUGGAUGUGAGCUCUUCAGCUUCCUAACCUGGCUGGAAGCAUUCAACAAUGUCACCCACACCUACGACAGGUUGCAGUGUGAAACCCCAAGGGAACUGUUUGGAUACCCUCUACUAAGCCCAAUCUCAAGUCACAUUGGGCGCAACGCCCGCUCCAUCUUAUCAUCCAUGUGCAAGGAUGGGGUGAUUAUUCCUGGUAUGGCCUCCCUGCCACCUGACCUGGAAUCCUCCGGGAUGGGAUCAGAUAUUUCCGACCAGAUGGGACCAUAUCAUCAGCCUCCAUUUACAUCGACAGUAGAUCCAACACACAGCCCAACCAUUAAAUUGCAGUCAGUGUCUCUAACCUCGGCAUCCCUACUGGUGCAGAUCCCUCGACCUUACAGCAAAAUGUACAUCCUGGUGCAGUACAACAACACGUUUGUGUCCGAUGUUAUGAACCUUAAGAAUAAGAAAGAGAUUGUCAAGUUCAACAGCCUAAAAUCACACACAGAUUACACCUUUUGUGUAGCCUCGAUUCGUAAUUCACAAAGGUACAACCACACUUGUCUACAUUUUGCUACGAGAACUCCAGGUCCCGAUGACCUGCAUGCUGGCCCUUCUACCACCACCCAUUACAUAAUGACCAUCCUGGGCUGUUUGUUCGGCAUGGUCAUCGUGUUGGGCUUGGUGUACUACUGCCUGCGCAGGCGGCGAAUUGAGGAGGAGAAAGAGAAGUCCAUUAGUGUAAAGAAAACCAUUCUGGAAAUGCGUUAUGGGCCUGAGGCUGCAGCUGCUGCUGCCAAUGACCCUGCAGCCUUGCAAAAACUCCAAGAACAGGUCCACCACCAGCACCAUCACAGCAAGAUGCCACAGUCCACUUCUUCAAGCAUGGGAAUGCUCCACAGCUCCACCAACACCAGCUCUUCUCGCCUGUCUGCACUUCCACAGGUGGAAAAGAUGGCCACAGCCUUCUCGGAAGCUUUGGCUGCCAGCAAGGGAAACUACAUGGACGUGCGGACAUCGGCUGGCGGGGAAGAACGAAUAAGAGAUGGAGCUGUACCGGGAGCAGAAGCAGAUAUUGUGAGAGAAGAAAAUGGGAUUGAUGCGGGAGAGGACUCUGAGGACGAUGGUCGUGGCUCAACCUCAGAGAUCUCCACCAUUGCAAAGGAGGUGGACAAAGUCAACCAGAUUAUUAAUAACUGCAUCGAUGCACUAAAGAUGGAUUCUAUAGCAGUUGCUGCAGCGGCUGCCACCACAGCGGAGAACUCCUCAUCUCCACCCCCACAGUGCAUUACCUCUUCAGCCCGAGGACUUAUUCCUCUUUCCCCAACAAUUACAGAGGCAUGUCAGAUGAUGUCCUCUCCCAAAAUGUCCCCUCUACCACCUGUCCCUCUUGUUGUGCCCCUCUCUGAGAGACCAGGCAUCAGUGGAGGCGGUUUCCUUUCGCCUCCAUACAGGGACCCUCCUCCUGCUACAGCUGCAAGGCCAUUGCAGCGACAACUGAGUGCCGAUGCUGCUGUUGUUGUUCUUAGCAACGCAAAGAAUCGCUGUGUUGCCCCUUCUGGGGGAUCCAUGAAGAGUUCUCGAGUCUAUAGCCUGGAUGUUCCUGAGCCUCUUAGCCCCAAUUCCUCAAAUUUCCCAGAGAAAGGCAACCCUGUUGGGUGCGGGGAGCCCCUUGAGAGGCUACCUCUUAUAGGCGUCCAGGGGGGUAACAACGGCAGGGGAGAAGGUGGCAACGGGGGAGGAGGGGGAGGCGGCGGUGGCAGUGGUGGUUCGGGUGGAUGUGGUGUUGUAGUUCAAGGUGGAGGGGGCAUGGCACAACAGCACCUCCUUGAGGUGCACCCAGACUACCACUGCUCAGAGCACCGACACUCCUUUCCCGCUCUCUACUACGAGGGUGCCAUCGACUCCCCUGCCCAGAAAGCCUCCUUCCUAAAGCCCCUCUCUCGCACCAAGAGGGACACUGCCUAUUCCCAGCUCUCUCCUCGCCACCACAACUACUCGGGAUACUCAUCCAGCCCGGAGUAUUCUUCUGAGACCACACUGAAAAUCUGGGAGCGCUUUCGACCCUACAAGAAAAGCCCUCGUGAAGAAGCCUACAUAGCAGCUGGCCAUGCGCUUCGAAAGAAAGUGCAGUUUGCUAAGGAUGAGGAUUUGCAUGACAUUCUUGAUUACUGGAAGGGGGUGUCUGCACAGCAGAAACUGUGAGUUGACUAAGAGGCACAAUGACACAAGGCUGCAAGAGGGAGCUUGUGCGUGGCUCCUGAGACUUAACCAAGUACUUUGGUCCCCACAUGCCAUCACAAGAGACAUGUGAUCGAAAAAGGCCUGAUUUGGUGUAGGAUAUUUGAGACUCAUUAAGGAAUAGUAAAUCAUCAAUCAAUUAAAAUUGCACAGGAAAAUGUGGUAGUUACUUCAAGAAUUCAGAAUGACCAAAUAUUUUUUUAAUUUUUGUUAUUUUUGUUGUGUGCACCGACUUGCACUAUUUUAAACCAUAAUUUGAGAGGAAAAUAGACUUGACCUAUCAACCUUUGUCUACUCAAUAUCUGAUUCCAGUAGGGAUGCUGUUAGUUGAUGCUUAGCUGGUGAACUAUUGUCAGCGUUCAAUGACACGAGGAAAACUUGUGGGUUUGAAUUCGGCAUGGCUGGAUGUCCUGUUCCUUGAUCUCUAUUCAAGCUAAGCAUGCUUGUUAAUUCGAGAUAUCUACACAUGUACCUUGCAGCGUCAUGUUUGGGCAUGCUUUUCUAAGCUGAGGGAGAGGAACGGAUAUACUUCACAUUCAGGAAGCGUAGCAAUUCAUAUUGAAGCAGUUAUUUAUUUAUAUAGAUCUAUUUUUUUCCCUUGCAGCCCAUUCUAAUUUAUUACACUUUCGAUAUUUUGCCGGUGACUGGCUUUUCAUUUGUGAUUCCUGCACAAAUGUAACCAAAAGAAAGAGCUCUGCAGGGGAUUUAGGGGGAGGAAAAUUGAAUUAUAUUGAGGAUUCUGCAACGUGAAGGCGAUAUGCCAGAGGACCUUCAGACCUCUACAAUUGGCAGCUAGAUGUAGCAUUAGAUGUAGGUCUUGCCGGAGUGCUGCUAGGCUUGCUGAUCACAUACCAUUGCAUCCAUCAUAGCAUUCAUCCUAACACUCACAUGCUUACUUACCCUGAUAAAGAUGCCGUGUUCUUAUCAUUGUUCUGAUAUGUGUGUAAUUUGCAGAUA